GUUUUUAUACAUCGAAUUCACGAAAAUGAAGGAAGACUUCAUCAAGGGGAAAGCUUUAAUAGAAGAGUUGAAUAUUCGCAUUGGUACACUUGAAACAGAGGAACUGCUGCAUUUGACAAAUGUAAUUGAAAAAAGGGAUGAAAAGGAAGAUUACAAUGUCACACGUAGGAAACGAGAGGCAACAGCAGCAGUUCAAGGUGAAGGUGUCUAUUGUCGAGAUGGCAGGGAUGGACUGAUGGGGCCACCUGGACCACCUGGUCCAGCAGGAAGGGAUGGACUGAGUGGCCAAGGACCAUGGGCUGAUGAAAUAAGCAACUUGCUGGAACAGCUCCAUCAUGAUAUGACUAAAAAUAAUAGAGACUCUGGUGAACAAGGUCAAGCAGGACAACCUGGUUCCUCUACUGGGGGUGCAGUUUAUGUGAGAUGGGGAAGGACAACCUGCCCAGACAAAGUUGAGAAUGUCUAUUCAGGUAUAAUGGGUAAAUCAGCUUAUUCCCACCCAGGAUCAGGAGGCAACUAUCUUUGUCUACCCAGGAAACCUGAGUGGGGGAAGACCACAGCUGGUGGGCAGUCUGGGGCAUACAUAUAUGGAGUUGAGUAUGAAGUCAAUCAAAUUAACAACCCAUUUCUCACUGACAAUUUUCCUGACCCCACCAAACCAGCUACUUGGCUACAUAACCAUGAUGCGGUGUGUGCUGUCUGCAGGGUACCAGAUAGGAGCAGCCACUUUAUGCUCCCUGCAAUGAAAUCAUGCCCUGAUACAUGGACCAAGGAAUACAAUGGUUACCUAAUGAGUCAACAUUACACUCACCAACAUUCUGAGUUUAUUUGCAUUGAUGAAGCACCUGAAGCUGAUGCAGGAGGUCAUGCGGACAAAAAUGGAGGCCUGUUGUAUGUGGUGGAAGCCAAGUGUGGCUCCUUACCCUGCCCUAAUUAUCAAGACAAUAUGGAGCUUACAUGUGCUGUUUGUACAAAAUAA